UCCUGUUAAGAGAUGUGCUGUGUGGGGGUAAAAUUUGAAACGGAAAAAGACAAAUCCAGAGGGGAUUAAAGGAACCAAACAAUUGGAGAGAGAAAGAGAGAGUGAGAGAAAGAUAGAAAGAGAGCCGUAUCGGGAAUAAUCACAACGUGAGAGGGAGAGACGUGAGGCGGUGCUUUGAAUAGGAAGCAGAGGCAAGGAUGGGAAGAGAUUAGUGCUGCGCUCUGUGGGCUCAUCACUCAAUGAAAGGACACUCUGGAAACAACAAGGGCGCUCAGCCUCAGGAGAACUGGGAAAGGUGCGAGUUUCGUUUUAGGCAUAUAUUAAACUUACUGGAAAACGCUUUGGACUUUCUGGAUGCUUUCACAUCGGGAUAAUCUGUUCUAACAAUUUCUAACCAUGGAUUGUUACAGCAAAGUAAGAACAGAGGAAUCGGAUCUAAGAAGGUUCUGAGUGACUUUUCUGUCCGUUCCAUGCCCCAGAUACUGCCCAUCUGCAUGGUACACAGGAAAUUAGAUGGCCAUCUGUGAAAUAUUGGAAGACAUGACAGAUGUAAAAUGACCUUUCUAGGAUUUAAGAGCAGAAGGCUUCCUGUAUCAACUGUGCUCGCGCUGUUCCUGGUGUAAUCCUUUUUUAUGUGCAACCAAAAGAAUGACUUCUACGUCUUGUGUGGUUUUGAUCUCACUCUUGGUUCGGCUCUCGGGGGCUAUUUGUCCUCAAGGCUGCCUGUGCAUAUCUGACAUAAUGAACUGUGGCUCCUUGGGUCUGGAUAGAUUCCCUAACCCGCUUCCAUUCACAACUUCUGUCCUGGACCUCAGUCAUAACAAACUAACAUGGCUGGCAGCUGGCAGCUUCUACGGGCUCCCAAGGCUGCACACUUUGCAUAUGUCCCAUAACCGCAUCUCCUUGCUCAGCCCGGGAGCUUUCCAUAACAUCAGUAGUCUUCGAUACCUGGACCUCUCUUCCAACAAAUUGCAGGUGGUGGGGAAGCAUCACUUCCAGGACCUGCCAGCCUUGGAGGUGUUGUUGCUCUACAACAAUCGUCUUACCCGCGUGGAGAGCAACACCCUAAUGGGGCUCGGCAGUCUCAGGAAGGUUUACUUCAGCCUCAACCAGAUCACAGAUUUCCCGUUCUUCUCGAUUUGUAAGCACAGCCACCCCAACCUGGUUACACUGGACCUCUCCUCAAACCGCCUGUUUCGUUUGCCUAUGGAUGACAUUGUGGUGUUGCCUGCUGCAGUGCAAAAAGGCCUGUUCCUGCACAACAACAGUCUGGAGUGCGAUUGCUCUUUGUACCGCAUGUUUUGGCACUGGGAGCAGAAGGGAUAUCCAAGUGUGAAAGACUACAAGGAUGACUACAAGUGUCUGAUCUACGGUGAGCCUCAAAUCUCAAUUAAUUUCCUGCGCUCUUCGCACUUCUUUGAGAACUGUACCAUUGGGAAGAUGAUAUCCCUGAUAUCUCCGAAGGCUGAAAAAGUUGUUUACGAGGGUGAACAAGUGAGACUGGACUGCACUGGAACGCUAAACGGAGAAGACCUGUCUUACAGCUGGAUCAUUCCUCAUCAAGAAAACAUCUCUCAGCUGAUCCAGAACGGAUCUCUACGUCUCAAUCAAGACGGUAGCUUGGAUAUUCUAGCUGCCCAGUCUAUAGAUUCGGGGGUCUACCAGUGCACUGCUGUGGAUAAUACGAGGAUAAUCAAUGAAUCACGAGAAGUGAAUUUAACGGUGGUAGCCCAGCACGCCAUGGAGGCGCCGUUCAGCACAGGCUACACCACUCUUCUGGGAUGUGUGGUGACACUUGUCCUCAUAUUGAUGUAUCUGUAUUUAACCCCAUGUCGUUGUUGUUGCUGCAAACCUCCUCCUCCCUCUCCGGCCAUCUCAAACUUUGGGGAAGACCGCUGCACUCCGGCCUCUAUCUUUGCAGCUCCUUCAACCAAUCGACUCAAGAGCAAGUCUCAGUCCGACAGGCACGUAGUGUUCCUUGAGCCACUCAUGACAGGGAAAAAUGGCCACCCAAAAGCUGCAUUUGUUGUUGAACCGCCUACAAUUGAAUGGUACACGGAAAACUUCACCAUAAUUAGAGAAAGAAAUGACUCUGAGUAGCAAAUUUGUGACUUCAAAAUCCCGCAGAAUUGCUUAAGCCUGUUUGAACCAUAGGGACAAGCAUCACAAAUUAAUCUGUCAUA